AUGGCGAUGGAUCCGGCGUUGGUCAAGUUGGGCAACAUGACCACGAACCGCUACAAGUACUUCCGGUGGACCAAGCGCACAGCCAGAAUCACGUUCACGUACGUGGUGUUUGUUCCGGCGCUCUUUGGUAUCCUGGCCUACUCGACCGACGGCAAGUGGAACCUACGGGGAAAGCGGAGAGGCGACGUUUUGGCCGAGUACUAG